CCCGCCAGCAUGCCCGGCUCGGCCCGCCUGCCGCCGCUGCUCCGGCUGCCGCUGCUCGGGCUGCUGCUGCUGCUGCUGCUGCCGCGUCCCGGCUGCCCGCUCGACUUGGCGGAUUACACCUACGACCUGGGGGAGGAGGAUGAGCCCGAGCCGCUCAACUACAAAGACCCCUGCAAGGCGGCUGCCUUCCUUGGGGACAUUGCCCUGGAUGAGGAGGACUUGAGGGCCUUCCAGGUGCAGCAGGCCACAGCUCUCAGACAGCAUGCCAGCCACAAGUUUUCCGCCAAAACUGCAGGGAACUCCUCUAGCCUGGACAGCCCGAGCUCCAGUGGGCAGCCUCAGAGGAGAAGCCAGGGGAGAAGGAGGAGCAGGUCCCGCACCCGACGGGCAGCCACGUCCAGGCCAGAGCGGGUGUGGCCGGAUGGGGUCAUCCCCUUUGUCAUUGGGGGCAAUUUCACUGGCAGCCAGAGGGCGGUGUUCCGGCAGGCCAUGAGGCACUGGGAGAGGCACACCUGUGUCACCUUCUUGGAGCGCACAGACGAGGACAGCUAUAUUGUGUUCACCUACCGGCCCUGCGGGUGCUGUUCCUACGUGGGUCGUCGUGGUGGGGGCCCCCAGGCCAUCUCUAUCGGCAAGAACUGUGACAAGUUCGGCAUUGUGGUCCACGAGCUGGGCCAUGUCAUUGGCUUUUGGCAUGAGCAUACAAGGCCCGAUCGGGAUCGCCAUGUCUCCAUCGUGCGUGAGAACAUCCAGCCAGGGCAGGAGUAUAACUUCCUGAAGAUGGAGGUACAGGAGGUGGAGAGUCUGGGGGAGACUUAUGACUUUGACAGCAUCAUGCACUAUGCCCGGAACACGUUCUCCAGGGGCAUCUUCCUGGACACUAUUGUCCCCAAGUACGAAGUGAAUGGGGUGAAACCUCCCAUUGGCCAGAGGACCCGGCUCAGCAAGGGAGACAUUGCCCAGGCCCGCAAGCUCUACAAGUGUCCAGCCUGCGGAGAGACCUUGCAAGAUAGCACAGGCAACUUCUCCUCGCCCGAGUACCCCAAUGGCUACUCAGCCCACAUGCACUGUGUCUGGCGCAUCUCUGUCACCCCUGGGGAGAAGAUCAUUCUGAACUUCACGUCCAUGGACCUGUACCGAAGCCGCUUGUGCUGGUACGACUAUGUGGAAGUCCGAGACGGCUUCUGGAGGAAGGCGCCCCUCCGAGGUCGCUUCUGUGGGGGCAAACUCCCUGAGCCUAUUGUCUCCACUGACAGCCGCCUCUGGGUUGAAUUCCGCAGCAGCAGCAACUGGGUUGGGAAGGGCUUCUUUGCCACUUAUGAAGCCAUUUGUGGGGGAGAUGUGAAGAAGGACAAUGGCCACAUCCAGUCACCCAAUUACCCAGAUGAUUACCGGCCCAGCAAGGUCUGCAUCUGGCGGGUCCAGGUGUCUGAGGGUUUCCACGUGGGCCUCACCUUCCAGUCCUUUGAGAUCGAGCGCCAUGACAGUUGUGCCUAUGACUACUUGGAGGUCCGUGAUGGCCACAGCGAGAGCAGCACCCUCAUCGGGCGUUACUGUGGCUAUGAGAAACCUGAUGACAUCAAGAGCACGUCCAGCCGCCUCUGGCUCAAGUUUGUUUCUGAUGGCUCCAUCAACAAAGCUGGCUUCGCGGUGAACUUUUUCAAAGAGGUAGAUGAGUGUUCCAGACCCAACCGUGGAGGCUGUGAGCAGCGCUGCCUCAAUACCCUGGGCAGCUACAAGUGCAGCUGCGACCCUGGGUAUGAGCUGGCUCCGGACAAGCGCCGUUGUGAGGCUGCUUGUGGUGGAUUCCUCACCAAGCUCAAUGGCUCCAUCACCAGCCCUGGCUGGCCCAAGGAAUACCCCCCAAACAAAAACUGCAUCUGGCAGCUGGUGGCCCCCACCCAGUACCGCAUUUCUCUGCAGUUUGACUUCUUUGAGACGGAGGGCAAUGACGUAUGCAAGUACGACUUCGUGGAGGUGCGCAGCGGGCUUACCGCUGAUUCUAAGCUGCAUGGCAAGUUCUGUGGCUCCGAGAAGCCCGAGGUCAUCACCUCCCAGUACAACAACAUGCGUGUGGAGUUCAAGUCUGACAACACGGUCUCCAAGAAGGGCUUUAAGGCCCACUUCUUCUCAGACAAGGACGAGUGUUCCAAGGACAACGGCGGCUGCCAGCAGGACUGUGUCAACACCUUCGGCAGCUAUGAGUGCCAGUGCCGCAGUGGCUUUGUCCUCCACGACAACAAGCAUGACUGUAAAGAAGCUGGCUGUGACCACAAAGUAACAUCCACCAGUGGCACCAUCACCAGCCCCAAUUGGCCUGACAAGUAUCCCAGCAAGAAGGAAUGUAGUUGGGCCAUCUCUAGUACCCCUGGACACCGAGUCAAGCUGACCUUCAUGGAGAUGGACAUUGAGUCCCAGCCUGAGUGUGCCUAUGAUCACCUGGAGGUGUAUGAUGGCCGUGAUGCCAAGGCGCCUGUCCUGGGGCGCUUCUGUGGGAGCAAGAAACCAGAGCCAGUCCUGGCCACAGGCAGCCGCAUGUUCCUGCGUUUCUUCUCCGACAACUCAGUGCAGCGGAAGGGAUUCCAGGCAGCCCAUUCCACAGAGUGUGGUGGCCAGGUGCGAGCAGAGGUGAAGACCAAGGACCUUUACUCACAUGCCCAGUUUGGCGACAACAACUACCCUGGAGGGGUAGACUGUGAGUGGGUCAUUGUGGCCGAAGAAGGCUAUGGCGUGGAGCUGGUGUUCCAGACCUUCGAAGUGGAGGAGGAGACCGACUGCGGCUAUGACUACAUGGAGCUGUUUGAUGGCUACGACAGCACAGCACCCAGAUUGGGGCGCUACUGCGGCUCAGGGCCUCCUGAGGAGGUGUACUCGGCAGGAGACUCUGUCCUGGUGAAGUUCCACUCGGAUGACACCAUCACCAAGAAAGGGUUCCACCUGCGCUAUACCAGCACCAAGUUCCAGGACACACUGCACAGCAGGAAGUGACUGCAACCAGUGCUCACAGAUGGGGACAGGACCCUGCUGCCCUCAGCCACCUGGACAGAACAACAAGAGCAGGCAGGAGUUGGGCACCCAGCCCUGGCCCCUGAGGCUGCCUGCAGAAGACAGGGACUCCUUCCAGAGUGUACACACGACCCUUCAGGCCUCAUGUGCCGGGAGCAGGCGCACGGCCAGAGCUCUCACUGACACACUUGAAGUGGCCCUUCCUCUGGGCCACUGCGGAGAGGGCACUGUCAGCUGCAUUGUGUAUAGCUACAUUGUACCGCGCAUGCCUGCCCUUCUCCAACCGCCAUGUGGUUCUCUUUUAAGCCUCCAUGACCCUCUGUUUCCAAGAGCAUGAGACCCUUUCCAUGCUCCCUUGGAAUGAGGGUGGGGAGAAGUAAGGGUAUAGGGGAGGGGAACGACAGGGCU